AUUGUGGAUUGAAACCCCUUCAAUCCCCCUCAAUCCAUAUGGAUUGGGGUAAAACCGAACAAGCCCCUAGCGGGAAUCGCAAUCUCAGGAUCCAGCCGAGCACUCGACAGUCCUAAACUCCUAAUCCGGUGCCCAAGUGCUGACCUUGUCUGCAUCUUGUGACGCUUGGCGUGUCAACCAACUUUGGUCUUCACAGAUCAGAGAUGAACCACAGUCAAGGUUCUAGAAUUAUUCGUGGCAGGGGUAGAAAUAAAAGGAUGUGGACAUCAGAUGAAGAUGACGAGCUUGUCAAAGCUUUGUGUGAGAUAUCUGCUGAUCCUAGAUAUAAGGUUGAAGGAGGGGCCUUUAAGAACUGUUACUCUCAAGGCAUAGAGAACAUUCUUUCACAAAAGCUACCUGGUCGUGGUAUUAAAGCCAGCCCUCAUGUUGAUUCUCGGCUGAAAGUGAUGAAGCGGAAGUAUUAUUCGAUCAAGGAUAUGAUAGCAUCGACAGGCUUCUCUUGGGAUGACACAAGAAAGAUGAUCCAGUGUGAAAAACAACGAUAUGAUGAAUAUUGCAGAGACCAUCCUAGAGCCAAGGGUCUGUAUGGUGUCCCAUUUGUAUAUUUCGAUACAUUUGAUGCAAUAUAUGGCAAGGACAGCUCUGCUGGGGAAGGGUUGGAAGGGUCUGAAGCUGCAAUUGCUAACAUGGAGAAUGAAAAUAUAAAUGAAGUUGGAGAUGACGAAGUGGAAGAGGACAGGAUGUCCACAGGAAUAUCUGGUCGCUCCCCGGCCGCAACGUUAAGCUCUAAGAGUCAGAAGAAAGACAAUUAUGACGGGAAAAGGAAUAGGACCGAAUCAAAUUGCCCAUCUCUGGACAAGUUCAAGGAUGUACAUGUUCAGUUUCAGAAUGCCAUUCAGCAUGCCAGCACAAUGGCUGCUGCAAUGGAGCUGUUCAAGGACGUAUGUGAUCGCUUCCAAAGUGUCGUCCAGCAUGCUAGCGAGAUGGCAGCAGCAGUGGAGCUGUUCAAUGAUGCACACAGUUGUUUUCAGAGUGCUCUUCAGAAUGUCAACACCUCAGCAGUAAUUGAACAGUUCAAGGAUGCUCUUGAUCAUUUUCAAGGUAUUACGCAUAAUGGCAAGAUGGUAGCGGCUGUGGAGUACGGUACUGAAAUGCAAGAGAAGUCAAUGUGUGAAGAGCCCCAGAGGAAGGCCAAAGUAAUAGCAAUUGCUGAAGUACUGAAGCUUGGGUUUAGUGGAAUUGAAGUGGUAACCACCGCAAGCAUUUUCGCUAAGGAACCAAACCAAAUGGACAUGUUUCUAGCACUGCCAGAAAUCUAUAAGAAGGAUUACAUACUUCAGAUGCUCAGUGGUAGGCCAUGUGAUCCUCUGACCCUUUAUACAAUGCAUCUCACUUCGUUUAAGGCUGUAAAGGUCAUUUAUAAUAUUUGCUUUUUAGUUCUAGCAUUGGCAUUUGCAGCAGGUUUCAAGUUUCUGAUGUAUACGUAUAUAUGAUUGUUAAACUGCUUACACUAGUUUCUGUUGGUUUUAAUUUUAGUUUAUGCAUGUUAGUCUUCAGGUUGCAUCUCCUAGGAGUGCAACCUGUGCAUACUGUAAGAUCUGAGACCAUUCAUGGAUUGUCCUUUCUGCAUAUGUCGUCUUUAGUUGACUGUGUACUAAAAAAAACAUGAUUGCGCUGUCACAUUUAGCUUGCUCUAUUUAUUAGCCUGUUGCUGCUUGCUUCUGCCAUGUCAAUCAAGUUAUGUGCACAUGAGGUGGGAAUAUAUAACUAUCUACUUGUUGCUAGUUUUAUGAGCAACCAUGUGAUGUAUUGAAGGAUGAUUAUACUCGACAUUUCUUACUUGUUACUUCACGUUACAUGCAAGAACAUUGUAUUUAAUUAUGUACUAUGUAUUUAUUUACGCUUAUCCUUCUUUUGGUAAAAUGUGAACUAGUUUUAUUUGCCGGUGUUUGCAUGCUCUUUGAGAAGCGCGGUUGUAGGUAUGCGGUGCUUUUUAUCUGUUAGAAAACCAAGACUUUUAUCCUGCAGUGUAAGUAUGUGCGGCAAUUGGUUGGUUGUGCGGCUUGUGCCUCAAUGGGACUAAAACCAGAUGAAGUUUAUUCCCAUGUCAGAUGAAGCUAACUCGUGUUGCGUUUUAUUUUGUUUCAGGUGGACAAUGUAUCCAAUAUUCAGCCGGUUAGUUUGUAUUCAGCAUGAUAGUAGUCGGCUAGAUAUUUGUAAACAGUUAGUAGUGUAAUGUGUUACGAUUAUUUUCACUUCCUUCGAUGUGGUCCUUUCCAAGUGUAAUGUGUUUUCGAUUUUAGAUUAGAUGUGGUAUAUAUAUCCGCAUGUGCAAUGUUAGAAACCAGCACGUAUAUUUAUUUUGGGAAUAUUAUACAAUGUAGAGGCUAAGUUGUUUUGAAGACUUUA